CGGAGACUCUCUCUAAUCAGAAACAUCUUAAUUAAUCUUUUGCAUCCAUUUCACCUGUUGCCAAACAAGCAGUCAUAAUUGGCCUCAGUGCUAACACAGGCAAAUGUUGCUGAGCUAAUAAGAAUGAAGUUUAAGGUAUUUUGUGAAAAUGUUAGUGCGUCAGAGGGCGGAGCAACCAAUGUGUGAUGGCAGAACGGAGGACACAAGUUGGCGGUUUUUAAAAAGGUCCGAAGCAACAAAUGUUACAGAAGACACAAGGUGCCUGACAGGAAACAAGAUGAGACUGCCUUUCCAUAUCAGUGCCUCACAGGUAACCCUCCUCUUCCUCAACCUCCUCUGCCCAAUCCUACACACAGUUUCCACGCAUCCCCCAUCAUCUGCUGCUUUCUAUCCCAGACAAGAGCUGGAGUCCAGCCUGUAUGACCUCAGUGCUCCACUGCAGGACCCCAAAGUCCCUAAAAUGUGGUCUGACUGGCUUCAAGACUCUCUGCAAACUCUUGUAGAGCCCGAGGAAGUGGGUGGUGUCUGGGAGGAAGAGCAGCUGCUGAGAGACCAGAGAGGGGACGUUAUGGAUCUGCCACUCUCCCCAUUCGCUGCUGAUAACUCUCUCGAGGCCGUGAACUAUCAGGAGGGAGGAGAAGGCGAAGAAGGCUGGAAAAGAAACGACGCUCUUACAUCCAUGGCCGGAGGGCUUCAAGCCGUCAGCCGAGAGAAAGGAGGAUUUGGUUUCCGCUUUGGGAGGAAGAGACGACUGGAAAAGAGAAGGAAGGAUGGAGUGGUAAUUGAAGGAGUUGGAAAACAGAGGAGGACAAGAGAAAGCAGGAAGAGAGGUUUCAUAACUGAAGUGUGGGGUUAAACAUGAUUUCUUUUUUUAUCUUUACUUUAUUGUCAACAGAAAGCAGCCAGUAGCAUCUAAUGCAUUUACACAGUGAGAAGCUGCAGGAAGCUGUUCUGUGCAUUACUGCCUAGUUGUAAGAAACGAGGCAAUAAUGGAGAUUUUUGUUUAAUAAAUAAACUUUUAACAUUACAUAA